GCCGGGUGCAGUUCCCAGCCGCGAGCCGGGACGCGGAGUCUGAGGAGGCAGAGGUGCUCAGCCGGGCACGAUGGCUGCGUGGAGCGAGCGGCUGGCCGGCGUGCGCGGGGUGCUGCUCGACAUCUCGGGCGUCCUGUUCGAUGGCGGCGAGGACGGCGUCAUCCCCAUCCCGGGCUCCGUGGAGGCGCUGGCGAGACUGAAGCGGUCCCAGCUGAAGGUGAGGUUCUGCACCAAUGAGUCACAGGUGUCACGGAAGGACCUGGUGGUGCUCCUGCGACGCAAGGGCUUCGACAUCUCUGAGGGCGAGGUGACGGCCCCGGCCCCAGCCACCUGCCUGGUCCUGAAGGAGCGAGGUCUGCGGCCUCACCUGCUCAUCCAUGAUGGAAUCCGCUCAGAAUUUGACCACAUUGACACGUCCAACCCGAACUGUGUGGUAAUUGCAGAUGCAGGAGAAAGCUUUUCCUACCGCAACGUGAAUAAAGCCUUCCAGGUGCUCAUGGAGCUGGAAAACCCCGUGCUCAUAUCUCUGGGAAAAGGACGUUACUACAAGCAGACCUCUGGCCUGAUGCUGGACGUUGGUGCCUACAUGAAGGCGCUUGAGUACGCCUGCGGAAUCGAAGCCCAAGUGGUGGGCAAGCCUGCGCCCGAGUUUUUCCAGUCUGCCCUGUGGGAGAUGGGGGUGGAGGCUCAUGAGGCCAUCAUGAUUGGAGACGAUAUCGUGGGUGAUGUCGGUGGUGCCCAGCAGUGCGGGAUGAGAGCCCUGCAGGUGCGGACAGGGAAGUUCAGGCCCAGUGACGAGCACCACCCGGAAGUGAAGGCUGAUGGGUACGUGGACGACCUGGCAGAGGCCGUGGACCUGCUGCUGCAGCACGCCCACCAGUGAUGAGCCUUGUGGGACAGCCCCAGCCUCACCCCUUCCCCACCCCCACCCCUGCCCCGGGCCCGGACCACCCAAGGCCCUGCCCUCAGCCGUUGGCCCAGGACGGGCAGGUCAGAGGGUCCCAGCCAGGCACCUCGAGGCUGCCCACUUCCUUCCUCUGGCUCCCUCUUCUCACCGCCCGCCCCCCCCCCAGCCGCCCAGGGAGGGUUGUUCCUUCCGGGAUGGGCUGUCCCCUAAUAAGGUUGGGGGGUGGGGCAGGCCUCUCUGGGAGCCAGAUAAGGAGAGUCCUCUGGGUGUGGGCUGGAUGCGCUCGGGGAGCACCCCGAAUCCCAGACCCAAUGACUCCCCAGCUGUACCCGGUCCCGUAAACGCGCCACCUACCUGGACUCGGGGACAUUUCCCCUCUGCCACACGUUCUCUGCGUGUGAGUGAGGAGCCUGGACAAGGCAGGGGCCUCCUGCACGGUCCGCACAGAGCAGGGCUGAGCCCGCCUCCCUGGGACCGUCCAGCGACCCCUGCCCACCUCCCGGCCCCCUCCUGGAGUCGGAGUGGCCACUUAGCACUCCCCCCACAUCAGCUGUGACUGCCUUUCCUAGCCCAUGAGUCACCUCGGAGCCAGAGGCUGGGGCGGAAGACUGCUGUCCUGCAGAGCAAGAGCUGUAACCGCAGGGAUCAAGGUGCAGGCAGACAGGGUGCUUCUAACUCGACGGACUGGGGUGUGUCAUGCCCAGUGUCUGCAGGGACAACCAAGGGUUGAAUAAACUGUCUUGACCUACAGC